AUGGCCAAUAUCGCCAAGUUAAAAGAGAUAUUGGCCAAGGAAACACUUGAUGCCCUAGCUGGGUCGAUCAGUGAUCAGCAACAAUCGAGGCUCCGCGAGGCGGGAAAAAAGCGCAAAAGGGAAGCCGGCAAAGACACAGCCGCCGUCCUCAAAAUCCGGAAACUUCACAUCGACGGCUUUGAAACAGGCCAGGUCUGGCAGCAGGCUAAGAAGAUAAUCGAAAGUGCUCUGGAAGAAUCUAGUCGGGUCCUCGAAGAACUCGAGGAAUCCAACGAGGUUAAUCAGGACACCGACGAGGGUGGUAAACUCGUCGAGUUUGGGCAAGACGGCUUUGAGGUCGGGUCUGAUGAAGAUGAUUUGGCCAGCGCCUCUUCCCAGUUGGAUGACGAGGCGGACAGCGAAGAGUCGGACGAUGAUGACGCAAGUAUCAGUAACGAGGACGACGCGGAAAUGCUCAGCGAAUAUCCCGAGCAAGGAGAAGAUGAUGGCGCAGACGAAGAUGAAGAGGACGUAGAGGAAGGAGGGGGCGAGGGAGAGGACGAGGAAGAAGACGAGGAAGAAAAUGGCGAGCUGGGAGGCGAUGUCACGAAAGAUCCUCACGGUCUCAACGACGAGUUUUUCUCUCUAGCCGACUUCAACAAGCAGACACAAUUGUUUGAGGCGCAGGACGCACGUGCAGACCCCAACACAGAUAAUUUCAGCGACGACGAAUCUGUAGACUGGCAUGCAGAUCCCAUGUCAGAAUCUACCGGGAAGAAACUGCCACUAGGUCUCGAGGACGAGGAGGAUGACGACGACGAGUCCGUCAAAGGCUUUAACGGAGGCAAGAUGGAUGUCGACGCAUUUGGUGAUGAAAGCGAUGACGCGCUCGACAAUGGUGUGGGAGACGGCCUUGACCUUGACCUUGACCUGACCGCAAACGAUAUCUUCUACAAAGAUUUCUUUGCCCCACCUCCGAAGAAGAACAAGCCCGGGAGCAAGAGAAAACGCCCAGAAAGCUCGAAACCCCAGAUACUUACCGAGGCCGAUAUUGAGCGGGCUGAGAAUAAUGUUCGGCGCGAUCUUUUUGAGGAUUUCUCAGAGGAAUCCGACUCCGAAGAUGCCUUGUCAGACGCCUCAGCUGGCAACCCCAAGUCGCGUCGCUCGGCACUUGCGCGGCGGCAAGCGAAGGUAGCCGAGGAAAUCCGACGACUCGAAUCCGAACUGGUAGCCAAACGUGCCUGGACUCUCGCUGGCGAGGCGGCAGCAGUAGAUCGACCAGUUAACUCCCUGCUCGAAGAAGAUCUCGACUUUGAGCACGCCGGCAAGCCGGUUCCUAUCGUCACCGAGGAGGUGUCCGAGUCCAUCGAGGCGCUAAUCAAACGCCGUAUUCUCGCCAAGGAGUUUGACGAAGUGCUUCGUCGCCGUCCCGACACUCUCGGAUCCGGUUCUCGGCGCGGGCUCGUCGAAGUGGAGGAUGUCAAGGGAAAGCAAAGUCUGGCCGAGAUCUACGAAGAAGAGCACGUGAAGAAGGCAAACCCCGACGCCUAUGUUAGCCAGGCGGACGAAAAGCUUAGCCGCGACGAGGACGAGAUUAAGCAGAUGUGGCGAGACAUUAGCGCCAGACUCGACGCCCUGAGCAGUUGGCACUACAAGCCGAAGCCCGUAGCGCCAACUCUCAGUAUAGUCGCUGAUGUUGCCACUGUUGCCAUGGAAGACGCCCAGCCGACUACAGCCCAGGGCGUGGCUGGCGGAGAGAGCAUGAUUGCGCCACAGGAGGUGUACGCGCCUGGAAAAGACACAGCUGACCGCGGUGAGGUCGUCGCCAAGAGCGGCUUGCCCGUGGCUCGGCAGGAAAUGAGCCGCGAGGACAAGUUGCGGAGACGCAGGCGGGAGAAGGAGCGGAUCCGCAAGUCUAGAGGGACCGAUGCAAGCAACCCGGUCAGCAAGAAGGCCCAUGCCCAGCGUGAGGCGAUGAGCGACCUCAAGAAGGGCGGUGUCAGGGUCAUCAAUCGCAAGGGUGAGAUCACAGGACUCGAUGGAAAGAAGACAGCGGAUAAGGUAGUGGCGACCACGAGUGGGAGCUUUAAGUUGUGA